GUUGCCUGCGCUUAGCCUACACCCUGCUCCCUGCGUGCAUCGCGCGCUCCCCCGGGCGCGUCAGCCAGAAUCAACAUGUCUGGAGUGGAGGAAGCAGUUAUUGGAAGCCGGGACAGUUGUCCUUCUUCUGCUGGUGGCCAGUCGGUACUGUGCUUUGGGCAGUGCCAAUACACAGCAGAAGAGUACCGGGCCAUCCAGAAUGCACUGAGGCAGAGGCUGGGCCCGGAAUAUAUUAGCAGCCGCAUGGCUGGAGGCGGCCAGAAGGUCUGUUACAUCGAAGGACACAGAGUCAUUAGUCUGGCCAAUGAGAUGUUUGGUUACAAUGGCUGGGCACAUUCUAUCACACAACAGAAUGUGGACUUUGUUGACCUCAACAAUGGCAAGUUCUACGUGGGAGUCUGUGCAUUUGUAAGGGUCCAGUUGAAGGAUGGCUCCUUCCAUGAAGAUGUGGGUUAUGGAGUUAGUGAGGGUCUCAAGUCCAAGGCCUUGUCCUUGGAGAAGGCCCGGAAGGAGGCAGUGACCGAUGGGCUGAAGCGAGCUCUCAGGAGUUUUGGGAAUGCACUUGGAAAUUGUAUUUUGGACAAAGACUACCUGAGGUCACUAAAUAAACUUCCACGCCAGUUGCCUCCUGAAGUGGAUUUAACUAAAGCAAAGCGACAAGAUUUUGAACCAUCUGUGGAACAGGCGAGGUAUAGCAGCUGCCAACAGAACAUGGCUCUGGUAGCCCUCAGACCACAGGAGGUGACCUCCCCUUGCAGACCAAGCCACAGUGUGAUACAGGGGGAGAAGGACAGCAGUUCCAGGAUCCUGGCCUCUUCUAUUACGGAUGAUGCCACAUGCCAGAGGAAGCGCCGGCAACAGCAGCUACAACAGCAGUUCCGGGAGCAGAUGGAGAAACAGCAGGAAGCUGUCGCAGAGCUGCCAGCACCUCCUCUGAAGCAUAGCACUCCUGGAACCGCUGCUCCAGAACUGCCACCUGAGGACGACUCCCUCCUCGACAACCUUGAAUUAUGGGAUUUGACUCCAGAUUUAGAAGACAUUAUCAAACCCCUGCCUGAACCAGAGCCACCCCAGACAGCUGCCACAUCAGCCCCGAAGAACCGCAUGGUGACGCGGAACCGAAUUCCAGACAGACUUUGCCUCCAGAAGCAACAAUCAGAACCUGGGCCUUCUCAUCCCCAAACACACAACCCUAACCAACACCCAAAAGGAGAUUGUGAUUCUUUUAGGAAGAACCAGGACAUGAAGAAAAGGAAAUUGGAUCCAACUUAGCGGAGGCUGAAGUUACUGGCCUCUGU